GUGGCAGGGGUUAGAACCGCAGCUGAAGCAGCAGUCCUUGGCGCUGACGCCGCCAGGGUGUAGUGCAGGGUUCCGAGCCCACCAGCCGUGGUGCCUCCCCUGUCCUGAGGGUGCAACGGGCGCCCUGGCGACCGAAGCGGCCGGGAGCCUCUCUUCAGCCCGGAGACGGCCUUGCAGUCCCGGAUGCGUCCGGAGGGCGCGGGAAUGGAUCUUGGCGGCGGCAGGGAGCGCCUGCCGGAGGAGAGCAGGAGGGAGCAUUGGCAGUUGCUGGGUAAUUUGAAGACUACUGUGGAGGGUUUGGUGUCAUCCAACUGUCCCAAUGUCUGGUCCAAGUAUGGUGGCCUGGAGCGACUUUGCAGGGACAUGCAGAGCAUUCUGUAUCACGGGCUCAUCCAUGACCAGGUGUGUUGCCCCCAGGCGGAUUACUGGCAGUUUGUGAAAGACAUUCAGUGGCUCAGUCCACCCUCAGCCCUUCAUGUGGAGAAGUUCAUCAACUUGCAUGAGAAUGGCCAGAGCACUGCUGCCGUGAGCGACCGGGCUGUGGCCGAGCUGUGGCUGCAGCACAGCCUGCAGCACCACUGCCUGUCAGCCCAGCUCCGGCCUCUGCUCGGGGACAGGCAGUACAUCAGAAAAUUCUACACAGAAACUGCUUUCCUGCUGAGUGACGCCCACGUCACAGCCAUGCUCCAGUGCCUGGAAGCAGUGGAGCAGAACAACCCCCGUCUCCUGGCUCAGAUUGAUGCAUCUAUGUUUGCCAGAAAGCACGAGAGUCCACUGCUGGUGACAAAGAGCCAGAGUCUGACAGCUCUGCCUGGUCCCACAUACACCCCUCCAGCCAGCUGUGCUCAGCAGUCCUGCUUCGGGUCCUCCUCUAACCUCCACCAAGCCGUGCCCAGCCACAGCGCAGAGAGAAGAUCCACUUCCUUUUCACUUUCUGGCUCUCCCUGGAAACCUCAAGAAGACAGAGACCUCCCCUCCCCAGCCGAGAGUCAAACCGCCCAAGCUCCACUGCUUCCGGACUCGGCUCUAGCCCAGGAUUCCCCACUGACCCCACAUGAGAUGAGUUCCAGCACUCUGACCAGCCCCAUGGAGGUGUCCUGGGUCAGCAGCCGAAAUGACUCCCCAAGCGAUGGCAGCGAGGGGCCCGAGUACCUGGCCAUUGGCAACCCAGACGCGCACGGCGGGACCGCCAGCUGCCAGAGCCACAGCAGCUCUCCCUUGUUCUCCUCCAGCAGCUCUCAGAGGCCCGAGUCUGCUGCCUCUUCUUUAGGGGACCAAGAGGCGGGGAGGCAGAGCCAGCCGGGCGGUGUCCUGCGCAGGUCCAGCUUCUCCGAAGGGCAGACGGUCUCGGGCGCCAGCGGGACAAAGAAGAGCCAUAUCCGCUCCCAUUCGGAUACCAACAUUGCCUCCAGAGGAGCCACAGAGGGUGGUCAGUACCUGUGCUCAGGAGAAGGCAUGUUUCGAAGACCAUCAGAAGGACAGUCCCUCAUCAGUUACCUCUCCGAGCAAGACUUCGGCAGCUGUGCAGACCUGGAAAAGGAGAAUGCCCACUUCAGCAUCUCAGAGUCCUUGAUUGCUGCCAUCGAGCUGAUGAAAUGCAACAUGAUGAGCCAGUGUCUGGAAGAGGAGGAAGUAGAGGAGGAAGAGAGCGACAGGGAGAUCCAGGAACUGAAGCAGAAGAUCCGCCUGCGGCGCCAGCAGAUCCGCACCAAAAACUUGCUCCCUGCAUACCAGGAGACUGAGCAUGGAAGCUUCCGGGUCACCUCCAGCAGCUCCCAGUUCAGUUCACGUGAUUCUACACAGUUCUCGGACUCUGGCUCUGCUGAUGAUGUGGAUGAGUUUGAAAUCCAAGAUGCUGAUAUCAGGAGGAGUGCGGUCUCAAACGGCAAAGCAUCCAUCUCCCAGAACUUCUCCCAUUGCUUCCUGCACUCCACAUCUGCCGAGGCAGUGGCCAUGGGGCUCCUGAAGCAGUUUGAGGGCAUGCAGCUUCCAGCUGCCUCGGAGCUGGAGUGGCUGGUUCCAGAGCACGAUGCCCCACAGAAGCUCCUGCCUAUCCCCGACUCACUGCCCAUCUCACCGGAUGACGGGCAGCAUGCGGACAUCUACAAGCUGCGUAUCCGUGUGCGUGGCAACCUGGAGUGGGCUCCACCCCGGCCUCAGAUCAUCUUUAAUGUCCAUCCAGCCCCGACGAGGAAGAUUGCCGUGGCCAAGCAGAAUUACCGCUGUGCAGGAUGUGGCAUCCGGACUGACCCUGAUUACAUCAAGCGGCUGCGGUACUGUGAGUAUCUGGGCAAGUACUUCUGCCAGUGCUGCCACGAGAAUGCCCAGAUGGUCGUCCCCAGCCGGGUUCUGCGCAAGUGGGACUUCAGCAAGUACUACAUCAGCAACUUCUCCAAGGACCUGCUCCUCAAGAUCUGGAAUGAUCCUCUCUUCAAUGUGCAGGACAUCAACAGCGCCCUCUAUAGGAAGGUCAAGCUGCUCAGUCAGGUCCGGCUGCUGCGGGUUCAGCUGUACCACAUGAAGAACAUGUUUAAGACCUGCCGACUGGCCAAAGAGCUUUUGGAUUCCUUUGACGUAGUUCCAGGCCACCUGACGGAGGAUCUCCACCUGUACUCACUGAACGACCUGACUGCAACCAAGAAGGGGGAGCUGGGGCCCCGGCUGGCCGAGCUCACCAGAGCAGGAGCUGCCCACGUGGAGAGAUGCAUGCUGUGCCAAGCCAAGGGCUUCAUCUGUGAGUUCUGCCAGAAUGAGGAUGACGUCAUCUUUCCUUUCGAGCUACAUAAGUGCCGGACCUGUGAAGAGUGUAAAGCGUGUUACCAUAAAGCUUGUUUCAAGUCUGGAAGCUGCCCCCGGUGUGAGCGGCUCCAGGCCCGGCGGGAGUUACUGGCCAAGCAGAGCCUGGAGUCCUACCUGUCUGACUAUGAAGAGGAGCCCACGGAAGCCUUGGCUGUAGAGGCCACCGUCCUGGAGACCACCUGAGGAAUGCACCUCAGCCCUUUGUCUGAGGGGCUGGCUAGAGGCAAACGAAAGAGAACUGAGCCACACCUUCGAGGAAGGUGUGGGGCCUUUUUUAAAUAUAUCGUCAUUGUUUAUGACUUGUCUGCUGUCCAGGUGUAGACAACCUUUCUUGGUUGAUGGGUCCAGUCCGUUGUGACAGAUAUCUGUGAGCAUUGGGUGUUUCCGUCAGGACUGCCACUUGGACUGCCUCUCGUCAGGGGAACGGACAGCGAGACCCAGCUCUUCUGACAUGCUUGGCCUGUUCCACGAGGCUCACAUCUGGUGACAGGUGCAGCUCAAGGAUCAUUCCCACACUUGACUUAGUUCCACAGCUUCUGAGCCAGGCCUUUCUCAGUCAAUGAUCUUCACCUUUGCUGCUGAAACAGGAGAAUGGAACUUUCCCUGUCCCAGUCCUGAAGGAGUUAAGACUGCGCCCUGAGGCAGGGAAGAGAAUGGGGCUGCAUGGUGGUCGUUCUGUCCGACCUAUUAGGCAUUUGGGGGCAGGUAAGAACGGAAUCAUUAUUGUUCUAGACUCCUCAGAGACCUCAGGGAGGCGAGCAUGACUUCCUGUUUCAGGUAUUCCAGGCAUAGGUGGGCACGAGCUGGCUUGUGUCCUCUGAGGGGCCUGAAGCAACGGACAGAACUGGGUCUUAGGCCAGGCCCAUUUGUAGCCAGCACCACACAACAGUGGGGCUGCAGCUGGUGCCUGAGGAGAUGUUGUUCAGAUAAAGGAUAAUGGCCGCCUCUUGGGUAUUGAGACUCUCGGCUGACUAGCUUGAGUGCAGGUGCACUCCAAGCUCAGGCAAGUCCCUCAUGCCAAGCUGAGGCAAGGAUAGAAACUCCACCCACCACCUUAAUGGUGGGCCCCUGUCUGCUCUGUAUGACUGUGUGACCAUUCUGGUUCUGAGUAAAGGUAUGACCCAACUCCACUCUCUGUCCCUCCCCCCAGAGCUGGGGCCCUCCCGUUGGCUGAUCUCUUGCCUUAGUUUCUUUUCUCAGAGUUGGGAGAAGCCUGCCCACUUCGGAGCAUUAGCGACCUCAACAGUUUGUGAAUGUUUCUGUUUGCCUUUCUGCUGUUUACGCACCUAACUCCUCAGCCUCGGUAAUGUAUGUUGACUCAUCUGUUUCCUAUUACUAAUUUUAACAGACCCCUCCCUCAUCACUCAAUGUGCAUUCUAUGGCGUUUCCUAGACUAAGCCAGACACACGUUUGCUGUGGCGUUGGAAUUGCUGCAGCGCCUAACCUCCGUGUGAACACUGGUCAGGGUUGCGUCUCAGAGCCUGGCAGUUGUGUGAACUGAUGUCCACAGUGCUUUUGUUCCGGAACUGACUUCUUCCGCCCGCCUGUCUCCCUGUCUCCUUGUACUUGGUUGCUAGUAAAGUAAUUGGCCCGGGCACUGCCCCCAGAAGCCAAACACAAUUGCACGUGGUUGGUGAACGCUGACAGGUUCUGAGCUGGAGGGAACAGGGGUGUCCCAGAGAGACAGAAGGGACGUUGGUGUAGCAGCCACACUGAGCUCCAGCAGAGCAAGAGGAACAUGUCAGAACUGGCCAGUGGUGCAGUUCCUCCACCUCACAUUUGGGAGCUGACACUGGGCCAGAUGACCAGGACUGUUCUCUCAGUUGGCGGUCACACCAAAAGCCGAGGCCAGGGGCAGUUUUGAAGGGCUGGCUAGAAACUCCCCUUCCUUCAAGGAGAUUUAGGAAUGAUCCCUUCAAACUCAAGGGUCACUGAGUCAGACCUCGGAUUCAGACUCUGACUCCAGUUCCAGUCUGUGGCUGACUUCCCGUCCAGCUGCUCACUCCAAGUCACCACACUGGAGGAGACUGCACUCCCUGUCAGCACAGGCUGCAGCUGACCUCAGCAACCUCACUGACUUUUCAGUUUCCCCACCCCUACCCCUGUAGACCACAUAUCUUCUAGUGACCCCGAGGCUGCUGUCAUCACCGUCCAAGUGCGUGUUUAUUUAUUGGGGAGUCGGGGAGAGGGACGGAGGGGUGUUGUACAAGCACUUUGUCACUUAACAGUAUCUGAGAGUCCCCUGCGGUGGGGAUUCAGAAUGCACUGAAGAGGACUUGCUCAGAGGUGAGGUGAGGCGGAGGGAGCAUCCUCUCUGUACAAAGGGAAGCAUUUACUCCUGAGGUGGAAGCCCCGCGCUCUGCCCUUAGGAGGCUCUUACCAGCUCCCUCUGCCGAGGGUUGAGAGCUUUUGCUGAACUAACAGAAAAGGAGCAAGGUCUAAAUAAAAACCUCUGUUUGUGUACAACUUGUGUUUUGAACUGGAUUUUCACCUGCUGUAAUUCGUGCGCAUCCUAACAUGGCCAUCUUUAAUAAACUAAGGAAAUUAAA